UCGCCACAAUCCAAUAGUUACUGUUUCUGAAAAUAUUUUAACCCAUAUGCGUUUACUUGCUUAAAUUUAAUUUCUCUAGAUGUUCUUGUUAGAUUAAAAUUCAUAUUCAGAUUUGACCCUUUAGCUACAGGUGAGGUCCCUUAGGACUGCAGUGUUAGUUGAAGGAUGGUGUUGUGGAUUAUCCGACAAGUUACUAGCUGGUGCUCCUAUGUCUGUUGUACUGAAAUUAUUGGAGAAGAUUGUUAGGGAUAGGAAUUACUGGCAUUUAGAAGAGUGCAGAGUUUUUACAAAUAAUCAUUUUGGCUGUCUGCAAGGAGGUCAUAUCUUUCAAACUUGAUUGAAUUUUUUAAUGAAAUGAUGAAGAUGGCUGAUGAGGGUAGGGCAGUGGAUGUUGUAUUCUUGAAGUUCAGUAAAUAUUUCAAUAAGACUACUCAUUGUAGGCUGAGCCAGAAGGUUAAGGCACAUGAGAUUUAUGGUAAUUUGGUGGAUUGGAUUUGAAAUUGGCUUGGUCAUAGAAGACAUGGCUUAGUGGUGAAGGGUGGUUCUUUGACUGGAUUCAUAACUAGGGUGUUCCACAUAGAUCAGUGCUGGGACUGCUGUUGUUUGUGAAAUAUAUAAAUGAUUUGGACGAAAAUGAAGCUAGGCUGAUUCACAAGUUUGCUGACAACACAAAAAAUUAUAGCUGUGUAUAAUAAUAUAGCUAUGUCAAUGGAUAUAGCGGGAUGUAGAUUAGCUGGAGAUAUGUGUGGAGAAAUGAGAGAUGGAAUUUGUUGUAAUGUGAGUAUUAUUAAAAGUAAGUUAAUACUAAUCGAAAAGCUGUUGGUCAGGAUCUGGGGUUGGCGGGGUGUUUACUUCCACUCUUUUACUCCCGGUAUGCAUUGUAUAUAGUUCCUCCACCCAUGCCGCACGAGGUACCUGGAAGCCUCUGUAUUGUGAAUAUCAUUUGCCGUCUCAGAUAAUGAUGCUCCUUUGGCCAUCAAGUUAUUGAGUGGUCUUUUUUGUAAAGUAGAAGUUACCACAUAUUUUUGGCAACGAGUUAAACUGGUUUUGUGGACGGGUCGGCCCGGUUUUCGAUCAGGAGCUGUGAGCAGGUGAGGAGCCUCGUGUUCGGAUGGCUACGUUCGGAACGGUCGGUGUGCUCGACGAGCAAAUUGAGGAGUGGCUCCGCGGAGUACGAGGAAAGGUUGGGCCACUUUUUCUGUGCUAAUGGAAUUACGAGGAGGCUAAGAAGCACUCUUCUCCUGAGUGUGUGUGGGGCAAGGACUUACAAGCUGAUACAGAACUUAGCUACGUCGCGGAAACCGGGAGAAAUUCCAUACGACCAACUGGUCAAGCUCGUGGGGAACCACCACAAUCCGAAGCCUUCGGUGAUAAUUCAACGGUUCAAGUUUCACAGCCGUGUCCGGAAACUAGGUCAGUCUGUGGCUGAGCUUCAGCAGCUGUCAGAACAUUGUGAUUUUGGAGCCGUGUUGGAUGACAUGCUCUGUGACAGAUUAGUAUGCAGCGUUAAUAAUGACACCAAACGCUGCUUGUUAGGGGAAACCCCACCGUUGACUUUCAAGACAGCCCUAGAGAUUGCUCAAGGCAUGGAGUUGGCUGCUGAUAAUGCCAAGGAUAUACAGAAAGGAUAUGGGGGGUCGCAGUCGACGGUAGUGCUCCAAAUCAGGAGGGAGACUGGUAGACAGGAAAACUGGGUGGAAUGUUUUCAGUGUGGAGGAACGCACUAUGCAAAUACUUAUAAAUUCAAAGAUACUGUCUGCCAUGCUUGUGGCAAGAAGAGACAUUUCAUUAAAAAGUGCAGGAGCAUAAAGGGUAAGGUUGAGCCUGGGCAGGCGACAGCUCAACAGGCUCAGGCAGCCUCACACCACCUGGGAGAAGAAGAUGAAGAGGCAGUGUGUGCCUACAACAUGCUUGAGGUGGAAAUGGAUGAGGGACCACCUGAGCCAUAUUAUGCCACAGUCACUGUCAAGGGAAAGGACAUUAAGUUCGAGAUUGAUUCAGGGGCUACUGCAUUGGUCAUUAUUGAAGAGACCUACAGGAGGACAUGGGGAUCCAACCUGCCUCCCAUCAGACCACCUAAGCUCCAACUCAGGACCUAUACGGGGCAGCCCAUACCUCAUUUAGGGGUGUUAUAUGUGGAUAUUUUGGCUGGGGGCCAGAAGGCUGAAGCCAGGCUGGUGAUAGCUAAGGGCAGUGGGCCCAGUUUUCUGGGCCGCAAUUGGCUUCACAAAAUCCGGCUCAACUGGCAUGAAUUUAAAUAUGCACGCAUGACGGAAGAGCAUGAGGUGCAGCGUGCAGAUGAAGUCACCGAUGGCAAUGUGAGUGACAGACAUAGUCCGGACACAUUUGAGAGUGAGCUCGCAGUGCAGCUUGCGGCUCUUCAGCCUAUUACAGGAGCAUUUGAAGUUACCCCCUCGGCACUCAAAGCCAGCACGCCACUUCUAGUAUGGCGAAGCAGUGACCCAGCUCUUGUACCACCUGCCCCGUUACAGCAAGGUGCAUCUCAGCCUGAUGAUCCCGCUAACAGGAACCUGCAUGUGAAGCCAAUCGUAACUGUAGCAAAUGGGGCACCCGCAGACGAUGUAAGAACAGAGCCUCCAGGACCACCAGACAAGCAUUCAGAAAGCACUGUAAGUAAUUUGACAAAGAAAGUAGAAUUUUCUGGAGGCGGUGGCCCCCUGGGAAUCCAUGUGGUACCUUGUAACUCUACGCUGAGUGGAAGAUUCCUUAGCCUGAGUAUUCGUGGUAUUGAAGAGAACAGCCAUUCAAGAAAAGAGAACCUGCUGCAGGAGAGUGAAUGUAUCAUCAAAAUCAAUGACUGUGAUUUAACAGACAAGACCUUUGAUCAAGCACAAGAGGUUUACUGAAACACAAUGCGAUUUCCUGCUGUUGAACUCCAGAUAGUUCCAAGUUAUAACAAGGAACUCUGUGAAAAAUUUACAAUUGGGUCUAUUCUGAGCCAUGGUCAAAAACCAAAAUUCCUUCUUCAGUGCCUUCCAAGCUAGGUGGCAAAUUAUCCCAAUAAUGCUGAGAAUAGCUUACCACCGAUUUCAAAGAAACUCAGUGGUCCAAAACAGUUAAGGAGCAAUGACCACUUAAUGCAUACCAGGAAAGCAUGUCUACCAGUGACCUUGCUAGAGGGAGAGACCACUGGCGGGGGGAAGAGUCCCCUAAAGAGGAUGGAUAUUCUCACGCAGACACACAGACCCCUCUCGUGUCCCCAACACUAGAUCUGCCCAAAACAUCCUCACCAGCAGUGCCUGCUGGGUCACCGGGGGUAGUGUGUAGAUCGCAGCGCCCUCACAAGCCCCCUGACAGACUGAAUCUUUGAUUAGUUAGUUUCUUUUGUUGUUAGAUUGAAUGUUGAAUUUGCCAUGUUUUUUUUUAGGUAUUUUUGUAUUGGUAACCUGUUGCUAAUGAUAACACUUCUUAUUUCCCAGUUCUUCUAUAUUUGGGGAAUGUUGGAUUUUAAAGGGGGAGAAGUGUUGUAAUGCGACUGAAGAAUUCAACAUGAGCUCUCAAAUCCUCAAGACUUUCUCCAGAGGCACCAUUGAGAGCAUCCUGACUGGCUGCAUCACUGCCUGGUAUGGGAACUGUACCAACCUUGAUCGCUGGGCACCACAGAGUGGUACGGGCAGCCCAGCACAUCUGUGGAUGUGAACUUCCCUCCUUUGAGAACAUUCACAGCAGCAGGUGCAUAAAGAAGGUCUGGUAGAUCAUCGGGAAUACUAGUCACCCCAAACGUAAACUGUUUCAGCUGCUUCUGUCUGGCAAACAGUACCGCAGCAUUAAAGCCUGGAUCUAUGACAGCUUCUUUCUACUAGCCGUUAGACUUCUAAAUUCACAUGUCUGUAGAUUGCAACGGAGUCAUAACGCAAAGGUUUUUACUCCCUCAUGUUGUGGGAUGGAAGUAAGAUUUAAAUAAACUAAAAUUAAUUGUUUAUGGUAGAACCAAUAGAAAUACCAAAAGAAUUUUCCAUGUUCUAUGGUCUAAGUUGACUAAGCAAAAAUGGAGACAAGGAAGCUGCUUAAAAAAACUGAAUAGAAUUUAAUUGGGUGAAUGACAUUUAUUUACAAACUGGAAAGCAUUUAAAUGUAAAGCACAAUAUUGGAAAAUUCCCUUUAAAGUUGAAUAUGCUUUGGCAGUAUUUCCCUCCAUUUAUGGAUAUCUGCAUAAUAAAAUUCUUCAAU